AUGUUAUCUUUACUUUCUUCAUCAUCUUCAACUUUAAAACAAAAUCAUCAUCAUCAUCAUCAAUGUACUGAAUGUCGAAAAUCAUUUGCCACACAUAGUGGACUCAAACAACACAUGCAUAUACAUAAAACAAUCAAACCUUAUACAUGUGAAAUCUGUUCGAAAGCUUAUACUCAAUCAUCGAAUUUAUGUCGUCAUAAACGCAUUCAUUCACGUGAAAUCAAAUGUCCAACAUGCUUGAUUACAUUUCCGAACGGACAAUUCUAUGUAAGACACAAGAAAUCUUGUGUAUCAAAUCAACAAUCUCAGAAAAGCAACUUCAACGAAGAAAAUAAAUGUAAAGCAAUUGGUGCUGCCGCUACUCAAGUGUAUCAUUCAUUAGCAAAUAAUUCCACAAAAGAAAGUUUAAUUUCUCCAACACUUCCGUUAGACGCAUGGACACUUCUGCACAAACAAAUCUUAUUCCAUCUAUAUCAACAGCAGCAGCAACAACAACAACAACAACGACAAGACGACGAAGACGAAGAAGAUGAACAAAGUCUAUGUGAUACACCAUUGGAUCUGACCAUUCCGAAGAAAAGUUCUAUUGAAGAUGAAUCGAAUAGUAGUAGUAUGAUAUCGGAUGAGGAGGAUGAAGAUGAAAAACAGCAAAUCGAACAUCAACAACAUCGUUUACAUGGAAAUGGUUAUUACGAAUGCGAAUUUUGCUCGAAACAAUUUCCUCGUGCUGCGAAUCUCACCAGACAUUUGCGAAGUCAUACAGGUGAACAACCGUAUACGUGUUUAAUGUGUACACGUGCAUUUAGCAUCUCAUCGAAUUUACAAAGACACAUUCGAAGUAUUCAUCAUAAAGAACGACCUUAUGGAUGUAAUGAAUGCGGAAAACGUUUUGGUCAACAAACAAAUCUUGAUCGUAAUUGA